UGCCGCAGGUGUGCUCAUGUGUGGAGUUUCAUGCAUAUCAAAGUGGGUGCGAUUCGAAGGCGGCACUUGCUGUGAUUCGCUAAUGGUACGCUCCAGUCCCAAGGAUUUCAGAUGCAGUUCCUCCACCUUUGGGGCAGGAAGCAAGUAAAAGUUAGUGUUUCUGGCAUACUGGUGGGGUUCGAUGUCAUACCUUUAGCGAAUUCAAGGCCUCCUGGAUAACAGGCACCACCUUCAGCAGCUUCUUUUCAAUAGCCAGAAGUUCUACCUGCUCCCGCUGCAGCAUACGGUUGGACUGCAUCAUUUUUGUUGUUGUUUAUUUGAGUGCACAUGUACUUUGAGAAAUAUCGCUCGCGGCGCACCACAAUCGAUAGCACGAUGAAUGCAGCCCUAGUGUAGCCCUGGUCGCAAAUGGCAGCAAUUUUAACCAUUCGCGCCUUUGGAAAAAUUCACAUUUUGUACAGUCAAAACACAACUGGGGAUAAAUUUCGGGAUCCAUCAACAAAUAAAUAGCAUAAAGUGCGCAUAUAGCUACCCGAAUUUUUAACAAUGGAUAUCUGCACGGAGGGCGGGACGGCCGAGAUGAGCAACUUACGUUUUACGGCCAGCUGCAGUCUGCUGGAUCUGGACCCAGAGAUCAAGUGGAAGGCACUUGCCGCCUAUCACAAAUCGAACGCCGAUGGCGGGCUUACCCAAAAGCGCGACGUGCAAGAGUGGCUCUGCUGUGCCGUCUACUGUGAGCUGCAGCGUGUGAAGAUUAAGGAUAUGCUUGAGGCCAAACUCAGCACCGACGAUACGACGAAUGCGGUGGAGAAAUCACGCAUCAGCUGCUGGAACUUGUCGCUGACCAAACUACUCACUGCCUUCAAGGUGAACAUAAGUCAGUUUAUGCGUCGAAUGAAACAGUGGAACAUGAUGGUCCAGAACGAAAAGGUCUUUCAGCUGGAAAUCGACGAUCUGCAGAGACGGCUUAGCAUAACCCUGAUCCUCAGGCAUCACUACCAGCGCGUAUUCGAUCGGCUGUUCGUAAUGCCAGAGAAGGGCACGGAGAACACAGAGAGCCAUUCCCUCUACCAAUCCCUGUACGAGUUUGGCUGGCUGCUGUUUUUGACCAUCCGAAACGAGCUGCCCGGCUUCGCCACCUCGAAUCUGGUCAGUGGAUGUCAGGUACUCAUCUGCACCCUGGAGCUGCUCUUCGUGAAUGCCCUGGAGGUGGGUAACCCCGACGUGAUCAACAUGUCCUUUGCCGGUGUGCCCAGCAAGUGGGGCAACGAUGACUUUGACAAUGUCCUGAUGCUCAAGUACAGUGCACUGGAGGCCAUCUGCUCGCUGAUCCCAGAGCUGCCAGCGAAGAGUGUGCACGUCAUGCAGAAGGCCUUCUUCCACAAGGCUCUGGUGGUGCUCUUCUUGGAUCAGAAUCUGCUGGGCAACGACACCUACAUGCGGGAGAUCAUCAAAGAGGGCCUGCUGGACGUCAAUUUGGGUACACUCAACCGCAACUACACAAACCAUGUGGCCGACAUUAGUGAGGUCGAUGAGCGGGUGCUGCUGAGCCGCAGAAAGGCAGCGCCCGCCAAGAAUGAGCCCAAGAAAGAAGCUUCCGCUUCCCGCUACAAGCAGUUGCAGGAUCUACCCAAUGCCAUGCCCUCGGUGAUCACUGACGCCUUAGACGCAGAGGAUGCUGAUGUGCUCAGCAAUGUGGAUAAUUUCCUGCGUGACUUCGCCCGUACAUUCGCUGCGGCCUCUCGGGAUUGCUUGAGCACGGAGGCAGCUGGUGAGUGUUUUACGCUGGCCAGCCGACUCUACUACCAGUUCCUGCAAAAGAUUAUUAGCUCAGAGCUGGUGUUGAAGCCACACCUGAAGGUGGUCCAGCUGUUGAAACAGAGAACUUUCAAUGCCACACUGAUUGCCUGCUCCCUGGAGCUGGCGCUGCACAUCCACGACGAGCGCUUGGAGCAGCUAAAGUUUCCCUUCAUUUUGAAAUGUUACGCCAUCGAGGCGUACGACUUUCAGAAGAUUCUGGAGCUGGUGGUGCGACGCGACACUGAUCUGCUCGGUCGCGAUCUAAUCAGGCACCUGCAUGCCGUCGAGGACGAAUGUCUCGGAUCGCUGAUAUUCCGCAACGACUCGCCGCUAUGGAAACUAUUGGGCAAGGAUCAUCGUUUGCCGAGCUGCAACGAUGUGCAGGCCAAGGACAAGGAGAAUACUAAGCGACCAGGAGCAGAAGCAAGGCCCGGCUUUAGCAUCUGUCUACGCAAGUUCUAUGGCCUGGCCAACCAUCGGCUGGUUAGCCUCUGCCAGAGCCUCGUCUUGAUGGAACAUUUUCCCAGAAUCUGGCACAUAGCAGAGCACUCGUUCACCCAACAGGCCGGAGAUCUGCUCAAGGAGCGGGAACUCGACCAGCUGCUGAUCUGUGCCAUCCACUUGCAUGGCCGCCUCAAGGACAUGCGGCUCAGCUUCAGCCAGAUCCUCCAGCACUAUCGCUGGCAGCCGCACGCACACAGCCAAGUCUAUCGGCUGGUUUCACUGGGCGAUGGCCAUUUUGGCAACAUCAUUGACUUCUACAACAAGAUUUACAUGAAGAGCAUGGAGAACUUUGCCCAGGGUCUGCGCAAAGCAAAGGGGACAGGCACUGCGCCGCGCUCUAUUCUGCAUGAAAAACCGCCGCAAAGGAAUCUAAUUUCAUUUAAUAUUUCCAUUAGCACGCAAGUCAGGCCGAAUAGGCGCUACUCCAGUGGCACGUGGAUGAAAACAAGAAAAACACAGCCAGACUCGGCGGAUGAGCGGACGUUGUUGGGGCCAGAUGAACUGACGAUGACACCACUGAAGCGUGGCCAUUCCAACAAUGAACUUGGUCUGCUGCCAUCCCCGAAUAUAUUCAAACGUCAGUGCAUUGAAUCAGUGAUCUGAUCUGAUGUGAUCUACCAAUCUGAUCAAUAUUUUUGGCUACAUUUUACGUAGCAUAUAGAUUAUGCUAGCUAUCCACGUUAAGAAACCAUUGUUUAAGAAAGCGAAACGCUCAUUGUAAAUGAAGUAAAUUGAAGUAACAAAUAAAAUAAAGACAAGCCUGUGUACAUUUACGGAAAUCCAAUCCAAUCCCCGUACU